AUGCUUCGCAUCGGUGUCGACGUCGGAGGGACGAACACAGACGGUGUGCUGAUCGAUGUGACUCGUCUUCACGAGCCGAGCCGUGGUGUGCUCGCGCACUACAAGGCCCCCACGACGACCGACGUCUCCAAGGGAAUCGAGGAGGCCGUCCGCGAAGUCCUGAGGCUCGCGUCUGUGUCGCCUACCGAAGUCGCGUCAGUCAGCAUUGGGACGACCGCGUUCAUCAACGCCGUGCUCGAGGCGGACGCGCGCAGGCUUGCCAAGGUCGCCGUCAUCCGUCUCAGUAGCGUCUUCACCAAACAGUGCCCGCCUUUCAUCGACUUCCCCAGGCCGCUGCGCAUUCUCACCGAGGGUCAUGUGGGUUACGUCGAUGGAGGUUUCGAAAUUGACGGUAGAGAGAUCCGACCGAUCAACGAGGCCCAGAUUGUGGAGCAAUGCGCCAUUGUCAAGGAAAAGGGACUUAAGAACGUGAGUACCUUCAACAUUGUGGUCUUGACCGGCAUAUUCUCCUCGCUUGACAACGACGGAAAGCAAGAAAUUGCCGCAAAGGCUAUUAUCGAGCGCGAACUCGGGCCUUCGGUCAACGUGGUCGCCUCACGAGAAGUGGGACAGGUCGGCCUGCUCGAGCGCGAGAACGCAUCCAUCCUCAAUGCCUCCAUCCUCACCUUCGCUCAACGCACCAUCCGCGGCUUCCAGAAUGCGAUGCGCACCCUCGAACUCACAUGUCCCCUCUUCCUCACCCAAAACGACGGCACCCUCACCACCGCCGCGUCAGCCGCCCGCCUCCCCAUCCGCACCUUCGCCUCUGGGCCCACCAACUCCAUGCGCGGCGCUGCCUUUCUUGCCGGCCUCGACGACCGCACACGCGGCUCGUCGGAAGUCGAGAAGGGCAAGUCGACCAUCGUCGUUGACGUCGGUGGGACGACCUCCGACGUCGGCGUGUUGCUCCCUUCCGGGUUCCCGCGCCAAGCAGCCUCUUACAUCGAGGUGGGCGGGGUGCGGACGAAUUUCGCGAUGGCGGACGUGCAGUCGAUAGCACUGGGCGGCGGCUCAGUCGUUCACGCCGCGGAGGACGGGAAGGUCUCCGUAGGCCCCGAGUCUGUCGGAUACAAUCUCACCCGCGACGCUCGCGUUUUCGGAGGAAACGUCCUGACUACGACUGACAUUAUCGUGGCAAGUGGCCGGGCGGAGCUCGGGGACAAGGCUCUGGUAAGCGACGUCAGCGCGGACACAGUCGCGCAGGGUGUCCAGCGCAUCAAGAAGCUUCUGGAGAACAUCAUUGACAAGAUGAAGACGUCUCCCGAAGACAUCACCGUCCUCCUGGUAGGCGGUGGCAGCAUCAUCUCGCCCGACGAGCUGGCUGGAGUCAAGGAGAUCAUCCGCCCGCCAUUCUUCGGGGUCGCAAACGCCGUCGGUGCCGCCAUGGCGAAAGUUGCUGGCGAGAUUGACACCAUCGAGAUUCUUGCUGGCCGUGAUAUCCACACCGUGGUCGAGGCCAUCAAGAAACAGGCCAUCGCGAAGGCCAUCGCAGCCGGCGCCGACCCAGCCACCGUCAAGAUCGUUGAAGUCACCAACUUGCCAGUCCAGUAUGUCACCAACCAGGCUACACGGAUCAUCGUGAAGGCUGCGGGUGAUCUCGCUGCCCAGGCGGUCGCGUCAGUCGACGGCGCAGAAUUUGUUCUCGUAGACGUGUCCGAGUCGAACGAGGGUGAGAAGUCUCUGACUAACGAAGCUGAAGCCACGGAAGGCAGCGGCAUCGGAGAAGCCCCGAUAGACAUCGACACGUACAAGCCCACGAUUCUCCCGGAUCGGGCAUGGAAGCUCACGGAACUUGAUAUUGAGUGGAUUGCGGAGGGUUGUGCUGUUGUGGGAACGGGCGGUGGUGGUUCUUCAUACCCGCCGUUCCUAAUGUCUCGCGCCGCGCUACGUGCGGGCAAAGAGAUCCUGGUUGCUGACCCUAACGACGUCCCGGAAGAGCAGCUCUUUGUACGGGUCGGAUUUAUGGGAUCUCCGAGUGUCGGAAUGGAGCGCCUACAGGGCGGCGAUGAACUGCCGAGUGCGUCGAGGGCGCUGAUGCAAUACAUUGGGGCAACAGAGUUCGCUGGUUUCAUUGCCGAGGAGAUCGGAGGAGGUAACGGUGUGCAGCCCAUGAUUGUUGCAGCAAAGACUGGCAAGACGGUGCUCGACUGCGACCUCAUGGGCCGUGCGUAUCCUAACAUGUACCAAACGAUUCCUGGCGCGUACGACCUCCCGAAUAGCCUCACCCCCUGCGCCAUCUCUGAUGGCAUGGGAAGCACCAUUGUCCUCCCGUCCGCCCGCAACCUCAAGGCGGUCGAAGACAUCCUGCGCGCCGUCGCGACGGAAAUGGGCUCCAAGGCCGGCGUCGCCGGCUAUCCCAUGUCUCGCAAGAACUGCUCCGACUACGGCGUCCCGCAUAGCGUCUCCCAGGCGUGGCGGCUCGGGCGCGCGAUCGCGCUCUGCCGGAAGCACAACGACCUCAAGGGCAUCCCCCGCGCGCUCCUCGGCCUCCAGAACGGCGCGUGCCUCUUCGUCGGCAAGAUCGUCGACGUCCGGCGCGAGGUCCGCAAGGGGUUCACCUGGGGCGAGGUCACGAUCGCGCCGCUGCUCGAGGAGGAGGAGGAGGACGGCGGGAGCCCGGGCGGCGCGCUCGGCGGCACCACGCUCCCGGUGAAGCCCGACGACCGGCUGGUGAUCCCGUUCCAGAACGAGAACCUCUACGCGUACAUCCUCUCGGCGACUGGGGAGAAGACGAUCCACACCACCGUGCCCGAUCUCAUCACCGUUCUCGACUCGCAGAACGGUGCGGCUCUGGGCACCCCUGAAUACCGCUACGGCCUGCGGGUUACCGUCAUGGCGUUUGCUGGCCACCCGUUGUGGACGACGACAGAGGGCCUCGCUUGCGGAGGACCCGAGGCGUUCGGCCUGGACAUUGAGUUCAAGACCAUUGGCGCGUACCGCGACCCUGUCAGUGUCGUGAAAGAGUUCGCGAGCGCGUGA